GCUAAACUCAAACGUAGUGCUGUCUUUUCGAGCACACCAUUCUGUGCACUGUACCACUCCAUAGUACCACGUACAUUCCCAACAAUAAUAUUGUGUCAUUUCGUGUGAUAAACAUUGCUGUUUGCGUGCAAAGGGUGUGCAGUUUGUGUUCUACUGUUAUGUGUUUGAUGAGAUAGGAUAUGUUGCUGGCUGAUGGUGUUUCGAUGCAGUUCGUUUAGGGGUUAGGGGGUUUGAGAUGGGUGGUUUUCGGUUUAGAACAUUGCAGUGCGUUCGGUGAUGAACGAAAUAGAGAAUGUGUUGUGUUGUCGUUAAAUUGGUGGUUAAAUAGUUUCCACCAUGGCUUCGGAGGCGAAUGAAAAUUUGGAGAGAGAUAGGCACGAAUCCGACUUAUACACAAGACCUGGCUGGGUCGAUGCUGAUAUCGCUUUAGGACAACUAGACCAGGGUAAAGCAAACGGCGACAGAGGGAUACUAUGGGUCCGUGGUCGCAUUCAAAGGCAACUCCAUUCCCUGGGCGGUAUAUUAGACCGGCACGCCGGGAAGUUCCUUUUCGUUAGCGUGCUAGCGAUAGCAACAUUUUCCGUCGGCUUGAAAAGCAUGACUUUUCAUUCGGACAUCGAGCUUCUUUGGGCCGAACCGUCGACCAAUCAGGAAGCAUCUCCGCCGGAAAUGCUGUCCACGCAUCAAAUGGUCGUACAGACCGGCGUUGAUCAAGAUGUCGACUUGCUUCAUCCGCAUGGGUUGCUGGAACACCUGGCUCUCAUACAAAAAGCUACUCAGGUAACUGUCACAAUGUUCGAUAUCACGUGGCGUCUUAAGGAUUUUUGUCAAUCGCCUAGCAUUCCGAACAUUGAUGUCCAAUAUAUCGAAACGAUAUUCGAAAAAAUGAUGCCCUGUUCUAUUGUUACCCCUUUGGACUGCUUCUGGGAAGGUUCAAAAUUACUUGGACCUCAUUUUCCAGUACAUAUACCAUUUUUAUCCGGGAAAGAGGUAAAAUGGACAAACUUAAAUCCUGAAGAGCUCCUAAACAGCAUAAAGAAAAAAGAGCCGGUGUUCGACUACCAUUCCCUGGAAGAUUACUUGAAACGGGCCGGCAUAACGACGGGUUUCCAGGAGAAACCUUGUCUGGAUCCAAGGGAUCCAGACUGUCCUAACACCGCUCCGAAUUUCAACCAAUCGCAGACAAUGGACAUUGGUGCGGAAUUAACGAGCGGUUGUUACGGUUUCGCGGCCAAGUACAUGCAUUGGCCUGAGGAUUUAAUUGUUGGAGGCGUUAUGAAAAACAAAUCUGGUCAUAUAAAGCAAGCCAAAGCUUUGCAAACCGUGGUGCAGCUUAUGGGCGAGCAUGAAUUUUACGAGUACUGGUCUGGGCACUAUAAGGUCCACCAUGCUGGUUGGAACCAGGAUAAAGCUACCACGGUUCUAAAUGCUUGGCAAAAGAAGUUCGCCCAGGAAGUGGAACGCCUGUCCAAAACCAAGAAGACUUCUUCAUAUAUCUUCAGUACAUUUUCAACGGCCAACCUAAAUAUGAUACUGAAAGAGCACUCAAAGACUGAUUUAAUUAAGCUUGGAAUAGUAUUAGGAGUAGUCGCAGUAUACAGCUGGAUAGCACAGUCCGGUAUUGCAGUAUUCGGCGUUAUAGUAUUAGCUAGCUCUGCCACGGCUGCUUUAGGCGUUUGCAGCCUAAUCGGCCUUCCGAUGAACCUGCUGAGCACACAAGUAUUACCGUUCAUCACUGUAGGUUUAGCGAUGAGAGAGAUGUUCUUGCUUCUAUCGACGCAGCAAGAGCGAAAUUUGACGCCUUCGGAAGUUCUGCAGAGGUGCGGCCCCAGUAUUAUAUCGGCUGCAUUGAUCAAUUCGGCUGCGUUUGCAGCUGCAGCAGUGCUCCCAGUGCCCGCACUAAGGGUGUUUUGUCUGCAGUGUGGCAUUUUGGUCACCUUCCAUUCAGCUGCGUUGAUCAUUGUGUUUUCAUCGCUUUUGGCUUUGAAACAGAGGUGCUACAAGGCGGACGUGCCUUGUUUCAGAUCGGAAAUCAAGCCUAAACAAACCCCAGUGACAAACAACAAUGUAGACCCGGAGCACGGGAGGAAUCUCCUGAAAGGCGACAUGGACUGCAAGAAAAAGACUAAUAUAUUUUGGCUGAUCAACAGGUACUUAACGCUUCUGCUGCUGAAGCCGUUCGUUAAGGUUUUACUCUGUUUGACGUACGUGGUGCUGAUAAUAUUUUGCGUUUUCAACGGUUCGAAACUGGGUUUCGAUGUGAGAAUUUCGACGUUUUUGCCCAAAAAUACUCAGGAAUACAAAUACCUCGAGGCGCAGAAUAAGUUUUUCGGUUUCUACAAUUUUUACUUGGUUACGACCGAGUUGGAAUAUCCAUUCAAUCAACCUUUGUUGUAUGAAUAUCAUUCAUCUUUGACAAAUAUUCCACAUGUAUUGAAGGAUUCCAACGGAGGACUUGAUAUGAACGACUUCUGGCUGUCAAAUUUCCGCGAAUUUUUAACCGACUUGCAAUAUGAGUUCGAUAAAAGUCGGAAUACGUUCAGUUUGAACAACGAAAAAUGGUUUUCAAACGCGACCGAAAAGGCUGUAUUAGCUUUUAAAUUAUUGGCGCAAACUGGAGCCGUUGAAUCUCCCGUGGAUAAAAGCCAAAUUUUUAAUAAAAGACUGGUUACUAAUAAUAUUAUAGAUCCUAAGGCCUUCUACAAUUACUUGUCAGCUUGGAACAGUAAUGAUCAAAUUUCGUAUACGAGCUCGCAGGCCAAUUUGGUACCGAAACCGUUUCAAUAUUACAGUAGUAAAUCGGACUACGAUUUGAAAAUACCCAAGUCGCAGCCGCUGGUUUACGCGCAAAUGCCUUUCUACCUCAAAAACCUCAAGAACACACAGGACAUCAUCGACACCUUGCGGCAAAUAAAGGACAUAUCGGAUGAAUUUAACAACCGGGGCCUCAAAAACUAUCCUGUUGGCCUAAUUUUCGCCUACUUUAACCAAUUUUUACUGCUGGACCGUUUACUGGCAGCCCAAUUUCUAUUGACCAUGGUCGCCGCAGCAUUGGUUGCUUCAAUAUUGGUGCAGUGGACGAAGCUGUGGUGUCCGUUAUUCAGCACUUUGACAAGCAUGUUACUCAUGUGCCUUAUCGAUAUAAACGCUCUAAGUGGAACCAUUGGAGCUUUACAUUUUAUUAUAAUCAGCAGAAAUAUACUGCUUGUAAUGACGAGCUUUUUGAGCGCUAUUGGAAAUAGAGAGAGGCGAUUAAGGAUGUCAUUGGAAGUUAGCUCUGAGGCAAUUAUUAAAGGAGACAUUGGACUGUUGGUUUGCACGUCGGUUUUAGUCACCUCGCAAUUCGAGUUUAUAGAGAAACACCUGUUUAUGUCCAUUAUUAUAUCGGUUGGGGGUUCUUUACUGAACUCCUUGAUAUUCUUCCCGCUACUGCUUGCCAUAGUGGGCCCGAAAGCAGAACUGCAACCCUUGGAACAUACAGAUCGUAUAUCCACUCCGCCGCCUCCAAUUUUACCUCACCAAACCGUGAUGGGAGAACGUAGUUCACGGAGCAGCACCAACUCCAGUUACUCGAAGCCUACGAAACGUGCAAACUCCCAUUCGAAGGCCACUAGGGAGCCUAGUUUGACGACAAUAACGGAAGAGAGUUGCAAUCAGAGUAUCGUGGUCGAGCCGCAGGUGACAGUGGAGUACAGCAGUCCGGAAUCGAGUUCAAGCGGCGGUCAGUACACCACCAAAGUGACCGCAACGGCGAAUAUCAAAGUGGAGCUGGUCGCGCCAGUUUACAGGUCCAGCAAGUGCGGCAAAAGUCAUUCGAGAUCUUCCAAAUGUAGUGGCGGCAGUAGACGUAACAGUGGUGCUAGUGCGAGUCAGAGAAGCGCGAGUGCUAGCGUGCACCAGCAGCACCAGUGCCGUUGCUGUAAGCAGCAGCAGGAUUCGACGACUGACAGUAGUGAUAGCAGUUUAGAGACAGACACUGUUGAGGCUACGAGCUAGCACUUUUCGACUUUUCAUGCAGUGCUAUGAACACUUAAUUAUUAUACCAUGUCCCUUUGCCCCUCCCUUUUUUUAUUUACUAAUGAUGUUGUUACCAUGUAAGGAUCAUUACAAUCCAUGUAAAAUAUUAUGUUUGUUUAUAUUGCAUAUAUGUAUACCAUUCACUUAUUUAUUAAAAGAC